AGUUUGGUUUUUGGAAACCACUGGAAAACUGGAAAUUUACACAACUUUACAAAACGUAACCUCACAAUCAUUGGAUUUCACAAUUACAAAUAAUUGCAUACCGGCUUAUUUUUUCAAUUUUUGUCAAUUUUUAAUAAUUAUUUGUUGAUUUCGAGUGACUUUAACAUUUUAAAAUUUACUGAUUACAUAAAAAAUAUGAGGAACGAAGAGGAUCUAGUAAAAAGAGAUUUACAGGAACAGGGAAAAGGCAUUCGUGUCAGAGCUCUUUCAACACUACAGGAUUCCUCAAGCAUCGCUCAAACUUCUGGUAUGAAAAACGUUGAAAAAGAAGAAGAUGUCAUAGUUUUAUCGUCAGACAGUGAACCUCCACCGGAAGGUGUACCUCCAAGUGUCCGGAGGCGCAGAAGAAAACGGAAUUUGAUUGUGAAAAAUGAGGUUGAGGAGUCUUUGACUCAAACGAGAAGGAAAUCUGUGAAACAGCAAAAAAUGGAUGCUAUUGCACUAAAAAACUAUAGAAUCCAGGACUACUUCAAUACCGUAACUAAAGAUGAAUAUAAUGAAAAUUUUCUGAAAAAUAUUAAACAUAUGAAAAUUCCUCCAUCGUCCAAUGAGGAAGGAAAAGAAUUGAGAGAGGGAAAGCAAGUUAAGAAGAAGGAAAUAAAUAUUCCUCUUCGACAGUAUUCAUCUACCAGAGCAAGAAACCCUGUGACAAAUAUUUUUAUUAAACGAGGAUUGGGCAAAAGCACAAAUCUCAAAAUGUUUGGAAAGAAGCAUCUGUCUGAUCAACAGAAAAAAAUUUACAAUUAUUUUACCCUCCAUCGAGGAUCAACUUUUAGGUCAUACUACGAUACUUUCAAGGAAUCAAUCUUUCCAGUCAUGAUAUCUGGUGAUAUUGACAUUGACAACUUUUUGUCGAGUCUUCUGCAGGCGACAGAAUCAACCCAUGAUCUCUUUGAUUAUAAGAUUCAAAGAGAUCACCUACUACUUAGUCCCAGGAUGGGUUGUUCUAUUGAUGAUGAGGUACAUUUAAUUGACCUAUUGGAUAAUACCAUUAAGAAAGAGGAAGUCGAUGUGGAGGUCAACCCUGAAUGUCGUAAAGACUCGGUAUCUUCUUGUGAUUCUGCAAUUAAACUUACGGAACCUGAAAAAUACGAUAAAUUCUCUCUGUCUAGAGUGCCCAAAUCUGAAGAGACAAAUCUUAAAUUUCCAAAAGGGAGAAAAGUUGUUUGCCCACCUUUCAAAAUCAUCAAAGGUACUACCUUUGCUGUGGAUGCUUUUAGAUAUGGGAUAAUUGAAAAGAUUACUCAGUACUUUCUCACCCAUUUCCACGCAGAUCACUAUGUUGGUCUUAAAAAAUCUUUUAAUCAGCCCAUACAUCUUACAGCCAUUACUGCUAAUUUCGUAAAAUCCUUCUUGAAGGUUCAGGAGAAAUACCUUAAUAUUCUUGAGUACGACGUGCCCAAAAUUAUUGAUGGGGUUGAAGUGACUGCUAUUGAUGCGAAUCAUUGUCCUGGAGCUGCCAUGUUUUUAUUUAAAUUGCCGAGUGGUGAAUGCAUCCUUCACACGGGAGAUUUUCGAGCAUCUUUUUUAAUGGAGAUGAAUCCUAUAUUUUGGAAUAACAACAUCGAUACAAUCUACCUCGAUACCACAUACCUAGAGUCUCAGAUUCAUCUUCCUAGUCAAGACGAAAGUAUCCAAACAGCUGUGAUGGAAACGCAAAAAUUUUUAGAAAAAAAUAUUGGCCAGAAGUGUCUUGUCAUCGUGGGAACUUAUGUGAUCGGCAAGGAAAAGGUCUGGCUUACUCUGGCUAAAAAAUUCAACUUUCGUGUGUGGCUGGAAUCACAAAGACGUCGAGCUGUUGAGUGUAUGGAGAAUUCUCAGCUAUUGGCAGUAUUAUGUGAUGAUCCACGCGAGGCUCAGCUUCAUGUUUUGCCCUUGGGUCAACUUAACUACGAAUAUGUUGUGAAAUAUAUGUCUCAAUAUGAGAGGGAAUUCACACAUGUUCUUGCACUGCGCCCAAGUGGAUGGGAAGUGAAUUCUAAACCACGUCAUCAGGGAAAUGUAUCAAUUGUUGGAGUGACCUAUAGCGAGCAUUCCAGCUACACAGAAUUGAGGCGUUUUGUGAGAUUUCUAAAGCCGCUCCACGUGAUCAACACAGUAAAUGCUGAGAGGAUGAAGGAGAAUGCAAAAGUACCGGAUAAGUGGUUGUCCAAAAAAAUUGAGCCAUGGCGGGAGAGUCAAGAAAGCACAAUAACAUUGUAUUUUCCGUUGAAAACAAAACAUCGGGUUCGGGAAGAGAUAGAGGAUGGAGCAGAAAAUCUCACACAACUCAGCCUUAUUGCCCAGUGUGAUUCGGUUGAUGUAGCAAGUAGCUCCGCAAUCACUGAUUGGACAUUUUGACCAAAUAAAUUAAUUGUGAUUCUCUUAA